UAUCAGCAAUAUUGCAUAAAAAUGAAUAAUGACUUGUAGUAUUAUCAAUAAUCAUUAUUCUGAUAUGUUAUUUUUAGUUUUUACAUUCAUGGCUCAUGCCAUAAGUAAUAAGUAUAACGUCCAGAUCUAGAAGCGGGAAGCGCGUAUAAUAGCCGAAAAUAAUCAACCGAUCUGUAUUUUAGCCGAAAAAUAAUUGCUUGGACAAGUAAAUUAGCUGAACCGUAUUUUAGCCGACAGUAAAAAACUCAAAAAACGCAAUUUUCCGCAACCGCUGGACAAUGGAAUGUAAUGGUAGUUCGGAUGACGUUUGUUCCGAUCCUGAACCCAACGACGACUACCUGCGACACAUAGCCGGAGUUUCCUAUCAACAACGCAUGUAAGAUCACAUUAAUAUCCGUUUGUGUGCAGUAUUGCACUUAAAACGCACCAACAGCGUGUCCAAAAAUGGGUCGAAGACGGCGUUAUGAGGGCGAUGACUACCAUAAACGUUUGAAAGUUUUGAAAAAUAAAUUAGAACCAUUCCGAAAUAAACACACUAUUAAAUGUAUAAGUGAGAUCUUGAAGUCAUCCAGCCUACCCAGACAUUUAGAUAACAUUCUAAGAAUAUUAUCAUCAAACCCUUCCAAUAUGACUGUUCAGAAAUGCCUUCAAAACGUAGCGGAUGAUGUUACUUCACGAAACCACGCUAAACGUACAUUACCCAAACUUGACAUGACAGUGGACCUGGUUAAAAAGUUCAAUCAAGCUGACUUAAACUCACUUGUAACGGUGAGCAACAACAUGAAUCAUACUUACAUCAAACCAUCAGCAUUUAAUUUUAACACCAUGAGUUGCGGUAACUGUAGUGGGCCAGCUAAUACGUUCUACAAAGUGCAUGACAUUAACAUUGACCCGUCAGCAAAUUCAACCGAUACAGAGAGUCGCUGUAAUAUCAGUUAUCCAGCUGAAGCGGUCAACAAAAUGAACCACGUUAACAUUGACCCGUUAGUAAAUAAAUUCAACACAAUAAAUUUUGAUAAAACUUAAUCGUCAGAAAUUGCGAUAAACAAAUUGGAAAAAAUGUAAUUGUCAACCAAAGUACAAUAAUAGACUAAGAGAAAUUACUUAAGGAUGUCUCAGCUUUAUAUGUGUGUCUUAAAAAGCUAUAAACGUAACAAUUGUAUGGUCAGCAGUUUUUAUUAAGCUUUAUUACUUUUUAUAGGAGAGAAAUCUACUUAUUGACUGUGUUAAGAAGAUUCUACAACCACCGGCUUGUCUCUGUCUUGUAAAAGUAUAACAUGGUAAAUGUUAUGUUUGCAAUAAUCCAUUUUCUCUAUUAUUCUUAAAAUUAAAAUGCAUUUACCUAUUAUAAUAUGUAAAAGUAUAUUAAUUUUAAAAUUAGUUAUGAUCGUUUUAAAAUCUAUAAAAAAAAAAUUACAGUUUUUAAUGCUUACAUUACAUAUUAUAAUUGUCAGUUUAGAUUCUUCUUCUUCGUUGUCUUCCUCUUAACUAUUUGGGAUCACCUUUGUCUUUUUUAAUUUUAAAAAUAUCAGAAAAAUAAUUAAAUGAGUAAAAUGGAUUAUUAUGAAUAUAAAAUUUUAUGUGUUGUUUGUAUAUUUGUAAGCUGUAGACAACACAAUAUGCAAGUGUAGUGUCCUCUUAAAGAUAAAAACAUUCUCCUAUAGUUUGAUGGGUGUUUUUUGAUAUUUUAGUUUAUUAUGUUUUGAUGUUAUGCACUUGUAAGACUUGACUACACAAUAUAAUAUGGAUCAGAUAUUUUCUUAAAUUGUGAUAUGAAAUUAUAUAAAUAGAUUUUAGCUUUCUUACCUGGUUUUUUUAAUCAUUAAUAUUUUAAGUAAUCAAGUUUAUAAUAUUUAAAUAAUGCAUAUUUGUAAAAUAUUUUAUCAAGUAUUAUUAUAUUUUUUAUAAGAUUUUUUGUAUGUU